CCUUUAGAUUUAGAAGUGUUAGAUAAUUUAUCUUGUUUUAAGAGUUAAUUCCUUAUUUUAAGUGUUCAACAUGCUUAUUUCUAGAUUUAAUAAUCUUAAUUUAAUAAAUCUUGUCAAGGUAAAUUAUCUGUCCAUGCAGCAAGAUCAUUUCCCUCAGAUUUACUGUUUGAUCUGGUUUCUAGACACACCUUGUUUUGCAGCGCGUUGAUAUCAGAAUAAAGUGACAUGAGAGGAUCUCUGUGGUGAAUCUGAUUAUUACAUAUUAGAGAAAAUGUCAUAUUGACUUGCUAGAGAAAGCGUUUGUCUCCUGAUUAGCCUUGGAUGCUGGAGGGCUGUUAUUACUCUUAUCUUGUCUUCACACCUCCUCCUCCUCACUGACGCACCUCUCUGAGCUCUAGCUGUCUAUGGCCAGGAAGCGCGCUCCCGCCUGUGCGCGCCACCCCCUCCGUCGACACAGUAAACGGGUGUCGGCGUGAACGUCGCUGAGCUGUGAAUGGACAUUAAUAGGGAAUGUAAUGUUCUUCUCCCACUGCCUGCUUUCUUCUCUCCUUUAAUCUCUGCAACGGAAGCCGGUGUUGAGGUGAUGUGAUGGCAGAGGCAGCAGGCCGGACAGAUCGGAGCAGCACUGAACCAGCUGAUGCACCACAGUAGAGCCUGACAGAAUGGAUUUCCCCAACUGCACUGAUGGGGUUUUUGCCAGCAACAGCAGUGGGAACGACACCCUGGAGCCCAGCAGACAUCCUCCCAGUAAGAUCCUGCUGACGCUGACGCUGUCCGUCCUCGCCGUCCUCACCACCUUCUUCAACUGCCUGGUCAUCACCGCCAUCGCCGUCACCCGCAAGCUGCACCACCCGGCCAACUACCUCAUCUGCUCGCUGGCGGUGACCGACCUGGCGGUGGCGGUGCUGGUGAUGCCCUUCAGCAUCAUCUACAUCCAGAAGGAGCGCUGGCUGAUGGGCGUGGCCGUCUGCACCAUCUGGCUGAGCAUCGACAUCACCUGCUGCACCUGCUCCAUCCUGCACCUCGCCGCCAUCGCCAUCGACCGCUACCGGGCCAUCACGGACGCCGUGGAGUACUCUCGGAAGCGCACGGGGGCCCGGGCGGGCGCCAUGGUGGCCGUCGUCUGGCUGAUAUCCAUCCUGAUCUCGCUGCCGCCGCUAAUCUGGCGCCACUACAGCGGCGACGCCGACCAAGAAGACCAGUGCAUCAUGAUGCACCACCACAUCACCUUCACCUUGUACUCCACCCUCGGAGCCUUCUACAUCCCGCUCAUGCUCAUCCUCAUCCUCUACUAUAAGAUCUACCGCGCCGCCCAGACGCUCUACAUGCGGCGGGAGGCGAGCCGCGCUAGCCGCCACUCCUGCAUGACCAACGGGAGCAUGAUCCCGGCGUACCCGGCCGGGGAAGGAGACGAAGACGGCGGUCCUCGGAGCCCGGUCCCCGUAAGCCCGCCGGAAAAAUCCACCUCCGAACCGUCGACGGAGGAGCCGCCGCGCGAACGCGUCCGCGCCUCGGUGAAGGCGUUCAAGUACAAGCAGCGGCGCCACGAGUCGCGCAGCGAGUCACGGAGCGAGUCGCGCCGCAGCCAGUUCUACCAGGGGCCGCGGAUCUCAGGGUCCCGGGAGCGCAAAGCGGCGUCCACGUUGGGGUUGAUCAUCGGCGCCUUCGUCAUCUGUUGGCUGCCGUUCUUCGUCAAGGAGGUGAUCGUCAACACGUGCGACUCCUGCAGCACGUCGAUGGAGAUGGCGGACUUUCUGACGUGGUUGGGUUACCUCAACUCGCUCAUCAACCCGCUCAUCUACACCAUCUUCAACGAAGACUUCAAAAAAGCUUUCCAGAAACUCGUUAGGUGCAGCAAUUACCUCUGAUGAUGACAGUCCUGCAUGACCACAACCAGGCGCCGUAAGAAAAGGUGUUUAAAAACCAGAUAAAAACAGUAAAUCUGAGGGAAAUGAUCUUGCUGCAUGGACAGAUAAUUUACCUUGACAAGAUUUAUUAGAUUAAGAUUAUUAAAUCUAGAAAUAAGCAUGUUGAACACUUAAAAUAAGGAAUUAACUCUUAAAACAAGAAUAAAACCAGAAUAAAACCAAGAUAAAACCAGUUGAAACCAGAAUAAAACCAAGAUAAAACCAGUUAAAACCAGAAUAAAACCAUAAAAAAAACAGCUAAAACCAAAAUAAAACCACAUACAACCAGUUCAAACUACUUAAAACCAGAAUAAAACCAAAACAUUUCUUAAAUUAAGAUUAUUAAAUCUAGAAAUAAGCAUGUUGAACACUUAAAAUAAGAAAUCAACUCUUAAAACAAGAAUAAAACCAAAAUAAAACCAAAAUA